UUAUUAUUGCACGGCAUCUGAUUUGCCAUUCGCAUGUUAACGCGAAAACAUAUGAUUUGACAUAUAUUGCGUUAUCUUAAAUAAACUUAAAUCAGAAGAUUCACACCAUGUCGCGAUUUAGCGGAGCGCUGCAACUUACCGACCUGGACGACUUUAUAACUCCUUCACAGGAAUGCAUAAAGCCCGUUAUGAUUGAUAAGACCAAAUCAAAAACUGGAGCUAAAAUUACGGUUCAAGCAGAUGGGUACUACGAGCAAUCAGAGAGCGGCAAGCAAAAGCUUCAAAAGGUUGAAAUCACACUACAAGAUUGCCUGGCCUGUUCCGGCUGCAUAACUUCCGCGGAGGGCGUGCUCAUUACGCAGCAAAGUCAGGAGGAGUUGCUGAAAGUACUUCGAGAAAAUCAAACGUUAAAGGCAUCCGGUGACAAUGAUCAGGUCCGGACAAUCGUAUUUACAAUUUCUGUUCAACCGCUGCUGAGUCUGGCGCAUCGCUAUGACCUCGGCGUUGAGGAGGCGAGUCGUUAUUUGGCCGGUUAUCUGCGGCAACUGGGCGCUGAUUAUGUGCUCUGCACAAAAAUUGCCGAUGAUUUGGCGCUUCUCGAGUGCCGACAAGAGUUUGUAGAGCGCUUCCGCGACAACGCCGAACUCAGCAUGUUGAGCUCAUCGUGCCCUGGUUGGGUUUGCUAUGCAGAAAAGACACAUGGAAACUUUAUAUUGCCACAUAUAGCCACAACGCGAUCGCCACAACAAAUUAUGGGCGUGCUGGUUAAACAGUUACUGGCCGAAAAGCUGGGUGUGCCCGGCUCGCGUAUCUACCAUGCCACAAUCAUGCCCUGCUACGACAAGAAGCUGGAGGCGUCACGCGAGGAUUUCUACAGUGAAGUCAAUGGCUCUAGGGAUGUGGAUUGUGUGAUUACCUCGAUUGAAGUGGAGCAAAUGCUGCAAGCAGAGGAACAAACGCUACAGCAAUUCGAGCCCUCAGACAUAGACUGGCCCUGGACGGAUCAACAACCCGAGUUUCCGGUGUGGGCACACGAGGCUACCAUGUCCGGCGGCUAUGCGGAACAUAUUUUCAAAUAUGCCGCCAAAGAGCUGUUCAGCGAGGAAACGCCCAACGAGCUGCAAUUCAAGGCGCUGCGCAAUCGCGACUUUAGUGAAAUAAGCUUGGAAAAAGAUGGCAAAACCGUUCUUAAGUUUGCCAUUGCCAAUGGCUUUCGUAAUAUACAAAAUCUGGUGCAGAAGCUAAAGCGUGGCAAGGGACCAGGCUAUCACUUUGUCGAAGUCAUGGCCUGCCCUUCCGGUUGCAUAAAUGGUGGCGCACAGGUGCGCCCAACUACAGGCCAGCAUGUGCGGGAGUUAACCCAACAAUUGGAAGAACUCUAUAAGCAGCUGCCUCGCUCCAAUCCGGAUAAUUCCUAUACCAAACAAAUUUAUACAGAUUUUCUGGACGGCGCACAUACGGAUAAAUCAUUAGAGCUUCUGCAUACCAGUUAUCAUGCUGUAGAAAAACUAAACACGGCCCUAAAUAUUAAAUGGUGAAGCAGCUUG